AUGGAGCCAGACCGUGCCCUCAAGGCUUGGGUCAAGCCAGUGACCCUGGUGUUUGAUGAGUCGACAACCUAUGGAAGCCGGGAGGGCAGUCACCAGGCACUGUGCAUCACUGCACAGGACAAGGGCAAUGUUUACUGGAAGAGCUCAGCGUGGAAGAGUGGCGUUGUGGUUGGGAUCUCCAUGCUUGGUCGUGCCGACAUGCUCAAGGUUGAACGCACCAACAAACACUUCGGUUCAGAAGGCCGCUUGACCACUGUGCAAGAGUUGAAGCAGGCUGGGUGGGUCACACAAUGCAUGAACCUCAAAGCUCCCAAAGUUUUGUACUGCUUGUACCCAACCUUUCUUGUACCCUGCCAGCACCUCGGUGGAGCAAUUGUGAUUGACCGGGUGAUGGCGGGCCUGCUUGCAAAUGACAGCGGGCAAACCUACAACGUGAUCUUGGAUCUUCUGGGGUACGAUGCAUGGCCAGCUUUGUUUGCACUGGGCAAAUCGGUGAGCGGUGUGCCCUGGGCGUGUGGAACGGCUUGCCAUAGCAAGUUUGAGGCCGACUAUGUUGCAUCGACCGUUGCACAGAAGAUCUUUGGAUAUGGGCGGGAGACACCUUCCUUUCUGAAGGGUUUUCCCAACUUUGAUGCAGCGGCCAGUGAGCUACAGCAGGCUGCAAACCUUCCGCAGCCAACAUAUGAAGUGUGCAUCCCGCUGCCCAAUGGCGACCUGGCGAUCCAGGAGAACUUGGUGGAGCUUUGGUCGACCAAGCAUGACAUGUUCCAGCGUGAAACCCAAGAAUUGCUCGAAGAACACAACAAGAAAUACAACCCACGUGGAGUCAAGCGCUCCUUGGACCAUGGUGGGUCAGGCACGGGAGGCAGUGUCGAAGGCCGUGACGCCAAGAAGAUUCGAAUCGAUGAUGUCGUCAAGGCCAGUGACCACGAGGCCAACAUUGCAGAGAAGUUGGUUUUGAAUUGCGGGACCUUCAGACUUGUCUACGACAAAAAUGAAGAGCAGCUUUGGGUUUGCGCUGAAGGAAAAAAGAAGGAAACAACCCUGGUGGGGCCAGCAGAGCUCUUCAGCUUUGGAUCAGGUGCAUUUGCAACUGGUCUUGAAGCCACUGAUAUCAUGGGGGACAGUGGCGGCCGCUGGGUGAGCUUCUUGGUGCGCAGCCACUUGGAUCUCUGCAUUGUGGAGGCAGACAAGCGGCUGCCCGAACACAUCAAGAAGAGCAGUAUCUUUGGCACUGUCAUCCCGUUUGGUGACCUUUUGACUUCUCUUCAGAACCUUGGAGAGGUCAAUGUCAAGCUAUCUAUGCACGCAACCGAUGAACAGGAAUCCGGCGGCGCGCUGUUCAGACGAGAGCAAGCUGUUUGCUUCUACUUGGACCCGGAGAAAGAAGACAAAAAGAACAAGAAGGCUGGUGAGGUUUAUAAUCACAAAGGAUCAAAGCCCUAA